GACCACGCAGAGCUCAUCAGCACAGAUUGCAAUGCAGUCUCCUGAGAAUCGAAAAAGAGCUCCAGCAUGGACCGCACGGGAGGUACUGGAUCUGAUCGCUAUAUGGAGAGAGGAUUCAGUGCUAACAGAACUCCGUUCCAAAAGACGAAAUGAAAAAAUAUUUGAAAAAAUUUCCAAGGCUAUGAUGGCCAAAGGCCACACCAGGGACUCAGUGCAGUGCAGAGUGAAAGUUAAGGAGCUCAGACAAGCCUACCAGAAAACCAAAGCAGCAAACGGAAGGUCCAGGUCAGGGCCGAAAACAUGCCGCUUCUACGCUGAGGUGCAUGCAAUUUUAGGGGGCUGCGCCACCACUACCCCACCCCUGUCUGUGGAUUCCGAGGUGGGGGUGGUAAUCUCAGCCAUGGCUGAGGAUUCUGUGGACGGGGAAGAUGAGGAGGAGGAAGAGGAGGACGAGCUUGCAGAGAGCACACAGCACUCUGUUAGCCCCAACAGCCAGGAGCUUUUUCUCACCCAGAUGGAAUUAUCCUCCCAGCCCUCCCAAGCCACUAGCCCAGACAGUGAAGCCAUGGAAGCGACCUCUGGUGAGUGCACCUUUGUAAAUAUAAAACAUGGUUUAAAAGCAAGCAUUUUUUAAUGAUUGAU